AUGGAUGAAGGUAGAUUGAAGAAGAUCAGUGGCUGCACCACCAGCGGCGGCGGCGGCGGAUACGACGGCGACGACGACACCGUGUGGGAGUGCGUGAUCCCAUACGUGGAGGACCCGCUUGACCGUGGCGCGGUGUCCCUCGUGUGCAAGCGCUGGUACGAGAUCGACGCCAUCACGCGCAAGCACGUGACCAUGGCGCUCUGCUACACUGCUCCCCCGUGGAGGCUGUCCCGGAGGUUCCCACAACUCGAGUCGUUGAAGCUCAAGGGAAAACCGCGCGCCGCCAUGUUCAAUUUGAUCCCGGAGGACUGGGGCGGGUACGUCGCCCCCUGGGUGGAGGAGAUCGUCAGGUCGUUUGGGAGGAUGAAGGUGCUGCACUUCCGGAGGAUGAUUGUCAAGGAUUCGGAUCUCCAGCUGCUGGCUGCUUCCUUUGGGGAGGUUUUGGAAGUCCUGAGGUUGGAUAAAUGUUCGGGUUUCUCUACCGAUGGGCUUCUGCAUAUCACGCGCUCGUGCAGGAAUUUGAGGAGCUUAUUUUUGGAAGAGAGUUCAAUAACAGAGAACGAUGGACAAUGGUUGCAUGUGCUUGCUCAGAACAACAAGGUUCUUGAAAGUUUGAACUUCUACAUGACUGAGCUUAUGCAAGUCAGUUCUAGCGACCUUGAAAUGAUUGCAAGAAAUUGUCCAUCUUUGACGACGAUGAAAAUUAGCGAUUGUGAUAUUUCUGACCUCGUUGGUUUUUUCAAAGCUGCUACUUCAUUAGAGGAGUUUUGUGGGGGCUCAUUUAGCGACCCCCCUGGACAGGUUGGUGAAGUUGUUUAUAAUGAGCAAUUGGAAAGAUAUGGCGGUGCUGCGUUCCCACCAAAAUUGUGCCGCUUGGCUCUUACUUACCUGGGAAACACAGAUAUGCCCAUUCUCUAUCCUAUUGCUUCACGGCUUAAAAGAUUGGAUCUCCUCUAUGCUCUGCUGGACACUGAAGGCCAUUGUCUUUUGCUGCAAAGAUGUCCUAACUUAGAAAUACUUGAGACGAGAAACGUGAUCGGGGACCGAGGAGUGGAGGUGCUUGCCGAAUUCUGCAAGCGAAUGAAACGCCUCCGAAUCGAGCGCGGGGCCGAUGAGCAGGACAUUGAGGACGUCGAGGGAGUCGUGACCCAGAGAGGUCUAACCGCCUUAGCCCAAGGCUGCCUCGAGAUCGAGUACAUCGCCAUCUAUGUCUCCGACAUUACCAACGCCUCCCUCGAGUCCUUCGGCACCCACUCCAAGAACCUCCGAGACUUCCGCCUCAGGAGAAAGGGGAAAAUGGAGAUUGGCCUUCUAAUCGCAAAUCCAGGACCCGCCAGAACCGCCGCUUUCAUGGGCGGCGCCGCCGUGUCCAGAAGCAAAUUCCCCCAGUUUCUUCAUAAACAUCGCAGCAGUAGUUUGAAAGCGCAAGCAUCCUCACAUCAAAGUCUAUCGAGCAAUUGGGAUGUUUCAAAUUACAACAGCAAUUUGAACGCGCAAGCGUCCUCAAAUCACGGCCCAUCGAGCAACUGCGAUGUAUCAAAUUAUGCUGCUCCGUCAUGGAUGCCGAGGUUCGAGGAGCUUGAUACCACAAACAUGCUUCUUCGUCAAAGAAUAAUCUUCUUGGGAACUCAGGUAGACGACAUGUCAGCUGACUUCAUCAUUAGUCAGCUACUGUUGCUCGACUCGGAGGACAACAAUAAAGACAUCAAAUUGUUCAUUAAUUCACCAGGUGGCUCUGUAACUGCUGGAAUGGGUAUUUAUGAUGCCAUGAAAUUGUGCAAAUGUGAUGUAUCGACUAUCUGUGUGGGUAUUGCUGCCUCCAUGGGUGCAUUCAUUCUUGCCGCUGGUACCAAAGGAAAGCGAUUAUGUAUGCCGAAUGCGAGAGUGAUGAUCCAUCAGCCACAUGGAGCAGCUGGGGGCAAACUAAUAGAGACGGUCAUCCGCGCGAAUGAAAUGUGUUAUCACAAAGUCAAGAUCAACAAGAUACUGUCAAGAAUCACGGGCAAACCUGAACAGCAGAUCAAAUUGGACACCGAUUGUGAUAAUUUUAUGGAUGCUUGGGAGGCAAAGGCAUACGGGCUGGUGGAUGAGAUUAUCAAUGAUGGCAAGCCCGGAUUGGUUGCUCCCAUUGGUGACUUGUCACCUCCACCAAAAAUAUUCACGUUGCCUUUAUGGAAAUUUGAAAUCGGUGACGAGGUCGAGAAUAAUUUACCAUCCGAAGAAAAACUUUUACAAAACGGGCUCGUGGGCGAAAGCAUAGGCACUGAAGAGAAAAGCAUAGACACUGAAGAAAAAAACAUUGGCACUGAAGAAAAAGAGAAAGCACCAAUUCUGUGA